UCUCCACCUUGAAAUAAAUCUAGUUUUGAUAAAUGUGUCUUUUUUCCCCCAGCGCGGCCGCUUUGCUCGUGGGAGAAAAGCUACCAGAAGAGACCACUUUGGUGGAUGAUCCUUUUAAGGUCAAGACGGGCGGCAUGGUGGACAUGAAGAAGCUGAAAGAACGGGGUAAAGACAGGAUCAGCGAAGAAGAGGAUCUCAACCUCGGGACGUCCUUUUCAGCAGAGACCAACCGGAGGGACGAAGAUGCUGACAUGAUGAAGUACAUUGAGACGGAGCUGAAGAAGCGGAAGGGCAUCGUGGAGAGCGAGGAGCAGAAGGUGAAGGCCAAGAACGCGGAGGACUGCCUGUACGAGCUGCCCGAGAGCAUCCGCGUCUCCUCGGCCAAGAAGACGGAAGAGAUGCUCUCCAACCAGAUGCUCAGCGGCAUCCCCGAAGUCGACCUCGGCAUCGAGGCCAAAAUCAAGAACAUCAUCUCCACCGAAGAGGCCAAAGCGCGUCUCCUGGCGGAGCAGCAGAACAAAAAGAAGGACAACGAGACCUCCUUCGUGCCCACAAACAUGGCCGUCAACUACGUCCAGCACAACCGAUUUUACCAUGAAGAGCUGAAUGCACCGGUGAGGAGGAAUAAAGAGGAACCCAAAGCACGUCCGUUGCGGGUCGGAGAUACGGAGAAGCCGGAACCAGAAAGAUCUCCGCCGAACCGCAAGCGCCCGCCCAACGAAAAGGCGACCGACGAUUAUCAUUACGAGAAGUUCAAGAAGAUGAACCGCCGCUAUUGAAAGCCACUUGGGUUUCAACUCCUUUUUUUUAUUUUUUGGAGACGAAAAUGGGAAUACUUUCCAAAAUAAAAAAAAAACAGGCUCUGCUUCCUGUCUUGCAAAUAUUAGUUUUUUGGGGGGCGGGGGGGGGGGCAUUUGGGAUUUGUAGCAUUGCAGUGUGUUUGUAUAUGUCUGGGUUGUGAUGUUAUGGACGUUGCCCCCAAAAUGGCCAUUAAAAAGAAUUUGGAAAAAAAUAAA